CCUGUCAUAUGGCAUUACUGUCUGAUUUGGAAGCAUUAUUGCUUCAGACAGGAAGGAGGUGCAAAGAGUGGUGAGGAUGGCAGAAAAGAUUAUUGGUAGUUCACUUCCUUCUAACUUCUGGUUUUCAUAGUGAACCAUUAGUUUGUGUAAUGAUCUCAGCAAUCACUUAACAAUUGUUGUGAAAUAGGUCAUAAAAUCAAGUUACCCUGCCAUGGGAAGCAUCUCCUCUCUGGAUUGGCAAGGGUCAUCGCAGCCCUAUCACCCACCAACAAACCCCGAGCCAUUCUCAGAUGCCUUCAAACAAGAGGAAGGUGUUGAUUAUGGGCCAACGUUUAUGCAAGAACCUGAUCAUGUGAUCUUCCCCAUGGAUUCAGAGGAGAAGAAAGUGUCCCUCAGCUGUCAAGCCAGAGGAAAUCCUGCCCCAGCCUACAGGUGGCUCCGGAAUGGAACCGAGUUAGACAUAGAAAGUGAUUACCGUUACAGUAUGAUAGAAGGAAGCCUUAUUAUCAACAAUCCCAGUGAAAUAAAAGAUGCUGGGCAAUAUCAGUGUUUUACCACCAAUGUCUAUGGUAGCAUUUUGAGCAGGGAAGCCACACUUCAAUUUGCAUAUUUCAAAAGAAUAUACAGAGUGUGCAGAAUAAUAUAG